AUAUGAUUCAAGGAAUGCCAAGGUGCAAGACUUAUAUGGAUUGAGAGAAGAUCGCAUAUAUGGUCAGAAAGAGUGCGGAUAAUGCUCUCAAACAAGAUUUGUUCGUCUGUUCGAUGUGUAUGAUGACUCAUUACUCUGACCAGGUUUCAGAGCCUAUCCCUGAGAUUGACCCAAUUACUGAAUGCCUCAACAGUGCCCAACACAACCUCAACAAGAUCGAAUGCUUCAGACAACAACAUAAGCUUGAUGAAGUCUGGGAUGGAGUGCUACCCCAACUUGAAGAGUUCAACACGACCUACAAAAAACUCAAAGAAGAGCUUCAAGCAAUUAAGGCCAAUGGGCGUUGGAACAAGCUUGUUGACUUUCAGGUGGAGAUUAAGACUUUUUUGAACUUGAUCUUCGACUCGGAACUGAUGAAGAAGUUCAACAGAGAGCUUCACUGCAGAGAGUUCAAAGAGUCCAAAUCCGCAGAUUCUAUGACUAAUUAUAUGUCCCAGGCAGCUGUCAGAGCUAAAGUUCAAGAAAUUCAACAAACAAUCAUUGCUGAACAAGUGAACCCUCUGAAGGAAGUCCUGAGAAGAGCAACUGAGAGAGACAGAGAGAAGAACGCCCAACUGGAGAGAUUGGAGCAAGACAAGGAAGAGCUCGAUCAGACAAUUCAGGCUUUGACGCAAGAGAAGAAUAGCUUCGAGCAAGUUUCCUCAGAAAGACAACAAGAAAUCUUAAACCUUACUCAAACAGCUCAGACUCUCACAGAAGAACAGAAAACCAACAAUGGCCUAAUUGAAGAGAUGAAGGAGCAAAUACUUAACCUGGAUAAUACUUUAGAGCAGUCCAAACACACUCUCAGCUACCAAGAAUUCAAAAAGAUUCAAAAUUCAAUCUGCGGGUCUUCAAAUUCAUUCAACGAGUCUUCAUCCGUUUGCAUUAACUUGAGCAAUACUUCUAGCCAAGACUUAUUGAAGACCUUGCAGCUGUUCAGACUCCCUCCUCUAGCCAGUCUAGAUGUCUGCAAAAUUUAUAACUUCAAUCAUCCGGAAGUAAUAACUAAGUUUAUAGAGAACUCUCUGAGCGAACAUAUUAAAUACUUCCGCUUCAGCACUGGCUCUAUCUCCUACCCUUCAAUCUCUGCCUACAUGGGUUCUCUCCAAAAGACCCUCCCUCUCAUUCCUGACAAAGUAGAACUUGUGCAUUGGGCAAUUACCAAGCAGGAGUUCGAAGACCUCAUGCUUUCUUGUCAGCACUCCAAGUAUGCCUAUUUUUAUGGAUGUAAAAUCUUGACUGACUCAGAAAUCGAUUUCAAAGAUAGAUUAGACCAGGCUUCCUUCACUGCCAUUGAUUUUAAUUACACUGGGCAUAGUGGUUACACCAACUGGAGCGAGGACGGGUUCAUGAAGUUUAAGAAUAUUGUCAAGGGCUUUGCAAAGGUGGAGAGCAUCAAGAACAGGCACAUUGACAUUCAUUUGGGCAACUGUGGAAUGUCAAAGAGUCAGGCUGAGGCGAUAUUGCAAGAAAAUGGAUUGACAAAGAUGAAUGUGAAAGAUCUUUAAUCAGGUAUGUUCAGAAAAUGAGUAAUUCAAUAGA